GCCUAGGCAACGUCAGGGCGGCGCCUAAUUCAACUUCAAUCUUAUUCAAACCCUUAGUAAACAGCCCCUUUUUACAAAAGCGCCCCCAAUUUCAGCUAAAUUAGGUGAUAAAAGUCCAGCAUUCAUUGAGCCUGGGUCGAGCCCAUCUCUACUCAACAGCUGAUUGAUGCUGCCAAACAACAUUAAAAUGAUGAAAAGUGAGGCUGUGUGUUUAGUGAAAGUAUGUGGGUUGGGAGAUAAAAUCGUCCUAAUUAUCCUUGUUAUCCGGCGAUAACAGCAGACAAGCACCGUUAACGAUUAUGUUUUACACGGAAACGAGCUGUAGGCUUUUGGUUUUGUUUUUCCAGCAUGUUUUCGCCAGCGAAGAAUGACUCGUCUAAGAGUGAGCCAGGAGGAUCUUUUGCCAGGCAGGGCUCAUUAAGACGCGUAAUCCCGCCCGAAACUGACCGAGACAACCUGUUUGGCCGGCAAAAUGAGGAUCUUAACAACAUUUUCAAGAUCUAUCGCCAAGAGUACAUCAUUUUGGCCGAAUACAAAAUGAUCCAAACUGAAGACAUUCAAGGAGUAUACGUGAUUCCGUCCAGAGAAAACCCCCUUAUGUGGUUUGGUGUGAUUUUCGCCAGAAGCGGGCCUUACAAAGACGGUGUUUUUAGAUUUACACUAUUUUUAGAUGAUUCUUUUCCUGAUUGCGAACACCCGAAAGUCCUGUUCCAUUCAAAACUGUUACAUCCUGUGAUAAACCCGGAGACAAACGAGCUGAACCUAUCGGGCGCGUUCCCGACUUGGAACAAAAACGAACAACACUUGUGGCAGGUUCUCAAGUACAUCCAGUGGAUUUUUAUUAAUGUGGAAGCCAGCUUAAAGCACAGUAUUAACAAGGAAGCCAGUGAAUUAUUACUCAAAAACAAAGAAGCAUUUUCCGCACGAGCUCAGGAACUAGUGGAACUGAACAAGAAGCAUCUUUAUGAUAGUCCGCCAACUGAAGACAAACACUAUAUAGCUUUUGAGCCGUUCAACCCCGAGCUGCACAAGAAGGAGAACAUGAUGGCUUUUUUGCAGGAAAAGGGCCAACGUGGCAAAGCCGGGUACUCAUGGGUUUUACCGCGGCGCUUCAAACCGCUGGAAAGGCCCAUCACUCCGCCCCUGGAUAACGGAGUAGAGGACAGUACUUAAGUUUCCCACCCCGACCUUGUUAGGAAUGUUUCUAAUUGUAGAUGAUUACACAGAGUGCCUCAAAGGGGCGACUUUGCUUGGAAUAGUUGGUUAAGGCACACAGAACAAAUAUCUAUUUACAGCGCAAUGCGCAAUAUUGGCUAGUUGCUUUUAAUAUGUAUAUUUUUGACUUGUUACACUGUUUUACAAAAAUAAAUAAGCUGAUACUAAA